ACAGCACAUGCGCACACGCCCGUGCUCGCACAGACCUCUAGGCUCCACUGGGGCAGCCCCUGGACUGGUCCCCAACGUUGAUGGGGAACCGCAGCUGCCCUCCCCCUCCCGCCCCCACGGUUGCCUUCCUCCUUCCUCUUUCUACUACUGCCCUGCCCUUCCCCAGAAGGCUUUUUUAUAGGUCUCAAGUUCCCAUCCGAGGCCUUGAGGUUUGGGGCUGCCCUGGAGGACAUGGCCUGGGGCCCUGACAACGUGCGGAAAUGGUCAAGCCUGGCACUGCUGGCCAUCGUGGGCACAGCUUUGACAGCGGCCACCGACCCUGGCUUCGUGGCCAGAAUCUCCCAGAAGGGUCUGGACUUCGUGUGCCAGGAGAGUAUGGUUGAGUUGCAGAAGGAGCUCCUAGCCAUCAGCAUUCCUGACUUCUCUGGAGACUUUAAGAUAAAGCACCUGGGAAAGGGUACCUAUGAAUUCUACAGCAUGGCCGUGGAAGGAUUUCAUAUUCCUGAUCCCCAGAUCAAGCUGCUACCCAGUGAUGGCCUCCAGCUGUCCAUCACCAGUGCCAGCAUCAAGAUAAGUGGAAGAUGGAAAUAUAGGAAGAACAUCCUCAAAGCCAGCGGCAAUUUUCAGCUGAGCAUUCAGGGUGUCUCUAUCAUCGCUGACCUGAUCCUGGGCAAUGACCCCUCAGGUCGCAUCACCAUCACCUGUUCUACUUGCGACAGUCACAUCAACAGCGUCCGCAUCAAAGUCUCUGGCAGCAUGCUGGGGUGGCUGAUCCAACUGUUCCACAGGAAAAUUGAGACUUCCUUGAAAAAGACCAUUUACAAAAAGAUCUGCAAGAUCGUGAGAAACUCCGUGUCCGCCAAGCUUCAGCCUUAUGUGAAGACUCUUCCAGUGGUAGCCAAAGUGGAUGAUAUAACCUCGAUUGACUACAGUCUGCUGGCUCCUCCGAUGACCACGGACAAGUUCCUGGAGGGGCAGCUAAGGGGGGAGUUUUUCUGGCGGGGACACCACGGCCCAUUUCCCGCUGUCCCACCAGUAAUGAAUAUUUUGCCCAACAAUAACUACAUGGUAUGCAUGGGCAUCUCUGACUACUUCUUCAACACUGCAGAGUUUGCGUACCAAGAGUCUGAAACCUUGAAAAUAACCCUGAGGGACCAAUUGUUAGCAAAGGAUGCCAGAUACCACCUGAACACUGACUUCCUUAAGACCUUCCUGCCCGAGGUGGCCAAGAAGUUCCCCAGCAUGGGGUUGCAGCUACUGAUCUCAGCGCCCUUGUUUGCACACCUGAACAUACAGCCCUCAGGCCUUUCGCUCAGUCCUAACCUGGAGACCCGGGCCUUUGUGGUCCUCCCCAACUCCUCCCUGAUCCCUCUCUUCCUGCUUGGCAUGGUGGAGUUACUGGAGGAUGUCAUAAACUACCUCAUGUCCACAAUGGUGCUGCCCAAGAUCAACGAGAAGCUGCGUCGAGGCUUUCCUCUCCCUUUGCCUGCCGGGAUUCAGCUCAUCAACUCGAUUCUUUACUCCUCCCAGAAUUUCCUGUUGCUUGAGGCGGAUUUACACCGGACCUGAGAUCACCUCAGACCCUGAGCCAGGAAGCUCUGCAGCUGCUUCCAAGGGGCCAUCACACUCACCGGCUGUCCUGCUCAAGAAUCCUUUAGUCUUUGACCCUGACCUGCAGCCCCUGCUUGCUUCCCCGUGCUCAGCUCUAGAAAUAACCCAAGCCACUGGAAGUUGAGCACCGGAAAGCGAGAGGUCUGUGUACCGGGGCUCCGGGCCUCUUUCAGAGCAGCCCCUCCAGCACCGGCAUUUCUGCGGCAGCUGUGACAUUAUUUUGGACUUUACAAAAACACCCCUUUUCUCCCCACUGUAGAUUCUGUGUGCUGGUGUGGCUUUUCGUCCAUUCCUUAAUACACUCACCGGCUGUAGCCAGCGCGGCCUGCAGCACGUGCA